CCCUUUAUGCCGUGAUACAUGUACAUUUUAAACGCAGGUUAAUGUUACCGAGGGUGAUGCACAGAGAUGGAGAAAAAUGGAUACUACCAUCUUAGGGCAUAAGGAAUAGUGUUAUAAACAACAAAGCUACAGUUACCCGGCCUCAUAUUUACUGCCAAGUGAAAAUAUUCCCUGCGUGUCACGCUCAGAAACCAAGUCCACAACAUUCCCACACAGCCAGAUUUCUUUCUUGUUCACGUGAUACCCCAGAUACUCUUUUCUCAUCAGCAGAUAUUCAAGUCAUCAAAUUAAAACAUCCUAGAACUCUUAAUUCAGCGAUGUUUAUUUAUGAUAAAAAAGGAAAGCAACUCUUUGAAUUAGUGGCAUUUGAUGAAGAGUAUAGGUCCUGGCUUAUUGGUGAGACAGUCCAAUCAGAUGGGAAAUUAUAUAUAACGACACCAGUUGACAUCUCUUAUCUCAUCCUGCCAUAUUUAAUGCAGUCCACCAAAAAUGUUCCUCUUGAUCACCUACUGGAAGACAACCAGUAUCCAGCCAUAGUGCAUGUAUCUAGUCUUGCAGCUGGGAAAGAUUUCUCACAUAUUGCUGACAGGAAAGGAAGUCCAGAUCUGGGUGUGUGGAAGUAUAGCAAAGAGUCAACCUUGUCUUGGUUGGAAGGUCGAGUAAGGAAGCUUUCCACUCUCUUGCAGGAAAAGAAAGUUCCUACUUCUAAUGCCCAGAGUUUUACCUAUGUCCGUGCAAUGAACCUGGAACAAACACAGAUGGCAUACCUAGCACUAGCACAUGGCAUUUUAUCAGAUUAUAUCCCAGAAGAGCUUUCAAAAGACCUCUCUGUGCAACUUCAGCUACCAGAACCAUCAAAUAAGCAGAAGGCCUUGACAGGUGCAGAGAACCAGCCACCAACAAAGAAGCAAAAAAUUGAAGGUCCUACUGAAGAUUACACCAAGGAUGAUAUUAAGGUGGAAAAGAGCAAGACCCCACAGACAGCAAAGGCCAAAGCGCUUGCUAAAUCAGCAUCAGGAUCCAAGAGCAUUUUUUCAUUCUUUGGCAAGAAAUAAUAUGUUAGAAAUGUCUAGAUAGGUCAUCAGCUCAGAAUGUACAACCUCAUUUUUAAUCCACUGGUUUAUAGUCAUACAUAUUAUCUGUUAAUAUAAAGUAUGUAUUGUGAUUGAAGUUAAACACAUUUUGCUUUUGUUAUAUGUAUGUGUCUUGAGCUAAUAGUAAAAUAUGAUAUACAAAAACA